GCCUCAGUCUUGUUACGUGCGCUUCCCUUCCGCCACCACGUACAGCUAGGUAUACCUUCAGAACCCCCAGCCCAGCUCCUCCAGGUCCAACUCCUGCGCCAGCGUCAGGUCGCCACCCUCCUCUAGCGCUAUGCCAUGUGCAAGACAAUGCACGGUAACCAAAAAGCAGAGCUUACAUCUUAACCUAACCACUCCACCGUUGUGCUUGCCCAUAGAUACUGACGCCCCGUCGCUGCCAUAUGCCACCAUUUUACCGACCGGGGGUGUCGGGGGGGGGGGGUUCCCCCUAGCCCGGGCUUCUCCCCUAGGCCGGAAAAUUUCGCGAAAAUCAGCCCCCCAAACCCCAUAAAAACAUGCAUGUUUUGCUGAGGAAUGCGUGUUUGCUGGGGAAUGCGUUCUUGUCGAUGGGGACACCUCAACCCCUCGGGCCCUUGCUUGGGGUGCAGGAGUGCACCUAUGGUCUUAGCCUGAAAUGCUCCUGGCAGCCAGGAGGAGGGCCCGCCAGGCCCUCCUACCCGUGCCAGGAGCGGCCCCCUGGCGGGGGCCUAAUCCCUCCUGCUCCGCAGGAGGGAUCCCCAAAAAAUCUCCUGCGCUUUUUGCCCUAACCCCUAAAAAGUCCUGGAUUGCUCCUGGCUGGAGAACCCUGGUAGGGUGGUGUUGCUGCUGGGGGGUCUCGUGUUUGUGUGUGCCUGGUUGGGUUCCAUGUGAGCGUGGUUGCGUGCAGUGGGCCGUACUAGCCAGUUAAGGAUAGUUUGUCGGGUGCCUGUCGUGUUGAGUCGGGGUGCUAUGCCGGCAUUUGCAUUGUGUGGCUGCGCGGGUGCGGUAGUGUGGGGUGCUGCAUGCUGUGGCGCCCUGUGUGCUGCCCGCAGCGGUGAGUUGUCUUGGGCAUGUUGAGCUGGCUCUGGUGCCGGCCUUCCUGUGGCGGCGGGCCCUGUCUGCACGGGUCUGGUGGCCUCCAUGUGGGGUGGCGGGCGUGGUGGCGGGACGAUCUCACGGAGUUGCCCAAGUGCGUCCUGAAGUGUUGCCGUGUCAGAUGCACGCACCGCGUCAAGGCACCACACCUCCCCAUCAAGUGUGUUCCAAGUGUUGUCGUGUAAGACCGUGUUGUGGAUAGGGCUGUUCACCGAAUCUAUUACUCUCCAUUGUCCUGCUUCGUAACGCACAGCAAUUGUGUGUCGCACAGUGUACUGGUGGACGGUAAAGCCGCGAGUUCGGGCGGCUACCGGAAGGCUCUCUAGGACCUUUUCUUUGCUGAUGUCGCCGUUGAGUCGCGGAAAGUGGGUUCGGCGCAUAAUCAACUUCCUGUUGGGGUAGGCGAAUAUGUUGCUGAUGGUGGCAUUGUGGUACAGGUAGUGGUUCAGGAGAAAUUCGCUGAAGGCGCCACUGUUGGGGCAGUAGCAUUCUUUCCAGAACAGGGCAUUCGGGUCUUGCGUGGCUGUGAGGUGAGCGUGCACUCGUUUAGCGUAAGAGAGGACAUCCAGGGGGUCGAGCCAUGCGAGCCCCAAAGAGUUGUUGAGGGCGUGGACACUGCAGAAGUGUUGCCGCUGUGUUUCACGGUAUGUGGUGUUGGGGUUUGGCGGCCAGUGCAGUGCAGCUGGUGGUCGGAUGUUCACUGCUGCAUGCGUGCGAGGGUCGGCGGGCGCCGGCGGGGCUGUCGGGUCUGUGGGCAGCGCACCUCGCAGUGUUGGCUUGAUGUAGGGCAUUGUGUGUGUCCGGUUUACUGCAUAUGUAAGCGUGAGGAGAGUGGUUGCCUGGCUAGCAGUAAGUAGGCCGGUGACCAAUGCUGGCCCCCAGAGUGCCGGCUGUGCCGGUUGCACACUGCAAGGGUCCGGCAGUGUGAGGUACAGGUUUCGCAGGAUGAUGGCCAUGGCCGUUCCCCAGAGUAGUAGCUUCCGCUGGGCCCAGGUUGCAGAGGCUAUCUGCCGUGUCACUUGGACCACAUAGUUGAGGAGAGCUGGGAGACAGAGGACGGGUAGGAUGGAUGUCACUGUCAGUGCGAACAGGAGACCGAGGGCUGCAGGGAUGGCGGUUAUCCCGAGGGCAAGCGCUAUUACACACAGUGGGGAGAGAGCAAGAGUGGUGAGUGUGGGACCCCAUAGUAGCAGGCUGAGGAUUGCACCGUUUGCAUAGGUUUCCGUGUUGAUGGAGGUAGUGUGGGUUUCGGUGUGCAGGAGGUGGGUCCAGAGCAUAUACAUGGCCCCUGUCGCGGUGAUGAUGGUGAGGCUGACAAUGGCUUUGUCAAGUAUGGUGUGUAGUGCUUUGCCAGUCUGGGCGACUGUCUGGUAGGUGGCGAGUCUAGACAGGGUUGCAAGGUGUGUGCCCACUCUGAUGGCGAUAGCAUGGCUGUGCAUGGCUGCCCGUACAUGCCCUGCUCCAACCCAGUGGAGGUAGACGGCAAGUGCAAGGUGCAGGCGAAGAAGCGGCGAGUUUUCCCAGGAGGCACUACAGUUGUGGGUUGGUUGGGGCCCAUAAGCUGUUUCUGCCAUGGAGUGCAGUGCCAAAGCACUGGAGCGCAGCAUGGUUCCUCCAUGCCGACUGCCCAGGUCGCCCAGCGCAAGCACACUCGUUAACAGGCUCUCUCCAAGCAGCCCGAUUGUCUUACUCGCAUAUGAACGGUAUACUCCCUCCGCUGUGCAUAACUUUCUCAUGCCACUCCUGCAUGCCUGUGCUAUUUUCAGAUUUGUAGAAAGGAGUCCCUCCCCUACCGGUUGCAAGGCAGUUAUCAUCACAUUGCGUAUGUUGGUGCAUCCAGGCUUUGGCUUAACCUUUGCGCGGGACAGGAGUCCGCUAGGGCUUCGGUAUUGCCUUCGUUCGGAGCUUGUCGGUUGUGGUUCUGUGAGCAAACUCGCAUUUUCAUAGAGCUGGGAAUUAGCUGUAUAAUACUGGAGGCCAAGAGGCUCGGCUCGACCCCUUUCUGGGAAGUCGUUGGCGAGCGGCUCUGAGGCAACUGGUAUGUGCUUGGAGCUUAUAAGCUCCUCAAAAGACGGGUGUUUUGCAGCAGUCGGGCUUUGCGAAGGUCUCUUUGGCGACAUGCCGAAAGGUUUGGCGCCAGCACGCUUGCCAGCUGUGUAGCACGUCGUGUGCAGUAUACUGGUAUCAAAUAUGCCUUUCUGAGAGCAGCGAUCCGACAAGAGCGUCGCGUUCGCGGGGUUCGAGUGUACUGUGAACAUCGAGUGCGCAAAGCUGAAGUUCUCCCUCCACACGCUACCGUGUGCGUGGUUAAUUCCAUGUGUCGCAAUGGAGCCAUCAGUGUGGCUUAGGGCUGGCAGCUGUGCGCCAGUUGCCCGGUUGGUGCAAACAUGCGAACAUCCCCCUUUCGCAGAGCUCUCGGUGCAGGUCGUGAGACCUCUUGCAGACCACUUUUGGAUUGGCAUGGUACGGUCAUGGUUGCCCAAUAGCACGAAAG